CUCAAGCCAGCAACACAAAGGGAAAACAGGGGGCCCCAAUACUCACCAGGACAGGUCAGUUUGUAAAUUCCCAACAACGACUCCUGAAGAUUACCAUGGGUAGUUUCGCUUUUGAAUGCACCCUGAAAGAGGAUAUAAAGAAAACACGAGAUUGUCAGAAACAGGAGGUUGAACAUGGGUGAAGUCUUAAUAUGAAUCCGUCAUUGUUGCUGUGCUGUGUGCUGCUCUGUUUAGCCUGCUGUGUUAUGGUACACACACACAUGAUUAUUGAGGAACAAUACAGAUCCAACCAAACAACCAUCAGCUUACAAGCAAAUAACCAAACAGAUGCACCUUCUGUGCUCAUAGUCGGGCUUUCAAAAACACCCAAGAAGAGCAAGAAAAUGGAAAAGAAACCAAAAAAGAAAUUCAGCAGCCGUGUGAAGAGACCUCCGCCGCCGCCGAACUGCGUCCCGCUCUGGAGCAGCUGCAAGACGCCGAACGCGGUGUGCUGCGAUCAGUGCGCCUUCUGCCACUGCCGCCUGUUCAAGACCGUCUGCUACUGCCGCAUGGGUUACCCGAACUGCUGAACACCCGCAUGGAGGAUGCCGGGACUGUCCCGAAUAUAACGGCAUCUUUUAUAAAAACCCUGUGGGAUUAUGAAACCGAGUAUUAGUGCGCUCCAUCAUAUAAUCGGAGAUUUCCUGACCAGAUAUAGCUACCGACAGUCAGAAGCGCUCGGGAAUAAGGGAGAGCCACCUCGGUGAUUACCAAAAUACUUCAAACCAAUUUUCAUUUAAUUAUAAAUCUAUUUUAAAAUGUUCAUAUUAAUGAAAAGAAUUUUAACUUUACGUUGUAAGCACUUUAUGGGGAGAAAAAAAACGUUAAAGCAUCCGGUUCUGACCUGUAAUGUUUGAGCUGCUAUAGAGAAGAAAACAAAAACAAAAAAAAGGGGGGAAAUCACCAUGACAACCAGUUGCUGUCGGUGUUUACAAUAAAACCGCCAAGACUCUCAACAACAAGUAAAACAGAAAUAAAUAUGUACUUAAAACCACAGAAUCCAAGAGCUUAUCUAAUAAGAUUAUUUUACAAAAAAAGCAAAAACAGUUUUGGCGAAUUUAUGUAGGCCUGUGUAUAAUUUGGUGAUGGCUUUGGAUGUAAUGGUGAUUGUUUUAAAUGAAUGGGGAAUGUUUGGGUUGAAAGACGAACUAAAUGAGUAGUUAUUGGAACGAUUUAAAAAAAAAAUACGUUUCUGUAAAUUAAUGUACAGAAAAUUGUAGAUGCAAUGUCUAUCAUUAUUAUUGAUUCAAACAUGAAUGAAUCAAGACCAGUUUCAGAUUUAAAAACGCGGGAGAAACGUUGCAGAAUGUGGCGCUUUUAAUUGUACAAAUUCAAAAAUAACAUUUUAUAACAUUAACAUAUGAUUCAAAUAAUAAAGAUUUAUACGUGUAAUUUGUCUGCUGAAUUCUGAUUUAUGAAAAUGCUCUUACUAGCUUUUUUUGACCACUUGCAAAAAUCAUGUUACAACUUGACUGAGUUCUGAUCUUUUAGUUUGGAGGACAGAAUUAGUCUACCCAAAAUAUUCCCUUUAAA